AUGGCCGAUAUGUCCCAGGCUCCUCUCAACGGCAAUUACGCUGCUCAGCAUGGAUUUCCCGAGUCCUUCAACAACCACGCCCAUGUGACCAUGAACACCGCGGCCAACUUCCAGCCCGUCCAGUCUUCCACUCCUACUACCGCCACUCCCACCGAUCAUCAAAAGAACGAGAUCAGCAAGGAUGAGGUUGGCUGGUUCUUCGUUGAGCAGUUCUAUACUACUAUGAGCCGCAACCCCGACAAGCUCCACUUGUUCUACUCUAAGCGCUCCCAGCUCGUCUUCGGAACCGAGGCCGAGUCGGUUCCCGUCUCCAUCGGCAACAAGGCCAUCGGCGAUAAGAUCAAGCAGCUCGACUUCCAGGAGUGCAAGGUGCGCGUCCUGAACGUCGAUUCUCAAGCCUCCUUCGACAACAUCUUGGUCUCGGUCAUUGGUGAGAUCUCCAACAAGUCCGAGCCUUCCCGCAAGUUCAUCCAGACCUUCGUUCUGGCUGAGCAGCCCAACGGCUACUACGUCCUCAACGACAUCUUCCGAUACCUAGCCGACGAGGAAGAGGAGGUUGAGGAGGAGGUUGAGGAGAAGGUUGCUGAGCCCGUCACCGAGGCCCCCAAGGUCCCGGAGCCCACUCCGGCGGCCGAGGCGCAGGUGACUGACGAGGCUGCUGCCUCCAAGGUUGAUGAAAAGCUUGAGCAGGAGACCAAUGGCGAGGUUGAGCAGCCCGAGGCUGCUCCUCAGACCAACGGCACACCCGCCCAGGAGGAAAUCCAGGCUCCGGUUCCCGUUGUUGAGGCUGAGCUUGUGAAAAAUGACGAGCCCCGGACCCCGGAGCCCACCCCUGUUCCUGAGCAGGAGCUGAAGGAGGAAACUCCGGUUGAGCAGGAGUCUGCCCCCGCCCCUUCCCUCCCUAAGACCUGGGCCAACAUCGCCUCCAAGCCGGGUGCUAAGAUCCCGGUGGUCCCCGCCAUUCCGGCCGCCGCCCCUAAGGCUGCUGCCCCCGCUGCUCCUUCCGCCAGCGCUGCCCAGCCCGCUGCCCAGCCCGCUGCCGCCCCUGCUCCCGCCACUGAGGCUCGUACCCAGGAGACUCCCACCGAUAGUGCCGGCUGGCAGACCGCCGGUGCCGACCACAAGAAGACUCAGUCCCGCGCCGGCGAGGAACAGGUCGUUCACGGCUACAUCAAGAACGUUUCCGACAAGAUUAACGACAAUGCCCUCCGUCAGGCCCUGUCCCGAUUCGGCAAGGUGAAGUGGCUCGACGUCAACCGCCCCAAGAACUGCGCUUUCAUUGAGUUCGCCGAGCCCUCCGGCUACGCUGCUGCCGUCGCCGCCAACCCUCAUCAGGUCGGUGGUGAGCAGAUCGUCCUCGAGGAGCGCCGUCCUCGUGGCAACGCCUUCGGCAGCAACGGCUUCACUCCUGGCCGCGGCGGUGCUGGUGGUCGUGGCCGUGGUGACCGGGCAGGCAGUCAGGGCCGCGGUGGCUUCCAACGCGACGGUCGUGGAGGCUUCGCUCCCCGUGGCCGUGGCGGCAACGCGCCCGCCAAGGGCCGCAGCCAGGCCCAGGCUGCUUAA